AUGCGUGGGUUUACAUCACAACUGCGUGUUGGGGGUCGACUGGCGACUGUUUCUGUUUCUGUUCCCGCCGUCAUUUCCCCAGCGCUGCGGCAUUCACAAUGUACAGUGGCGACAUCAGCGACAAUUUCAGAAGAGACGGUUAGUUGUAAUGUGAGAAAUGAGAGAAGAUCCAACAUCUCAAGAAGAAAAAAUAAUAAUGUUACCACUUCUACGGUUUCCUUUCCUCUUGGAAAUGGUAUAGAAGUGCAGCUGCCAGGACUCUCUUCACUUCUGCCUGAGGAUGAUGCUAUGACUCGUCAAGGGCAAGAAGAGAAACCUCCCAUUCAAAUAAAUAGUAUAGUUGAAAAUCAAAUUUCUCUUGUAACUGAGGGAACAGAUACAAGUAUUGACGUCCCUGAUCUUUCUACUAUGACUAAUGCUGCCAAAGGUCACAGCGAACUUGAGGAACUAGUGCAGACGCGAGUGGAAGAGUUUCACCGCUUUCUAUCAACUUCUUUACCGCUGCUGUUAAGAGCUCCUGAGACGACUAGUGUAUCAACAGAAUCACUAUCACAAGCGUGUCAUACUCUCACAGAAGUACUUAACGUUGUUGAUAGUAUUUCAAGAUCCACAGGACUGCGUGUGGAGCGCGUUUUCCCUGUUUCUCUCGUAAUGGCACUUUGGAAUACUCUUCCUUUACACUACACAUUUGCGCAAAAGAUUAUUCAAAAUAAAUGCAGACCAUCUGCUCCUAUUAGAUCUACUAAUGAAAGUGAUAAGAGUAGUUCUAGCAUUCAUGAUAAUAAUAAUAAUAGUAAUAAUAAUGCUGCUGGUGAUGAUGAUGGUGGUGAGUCCAAGAUGUCUUCGUUGACCGAAUCAUCAUUAUCAUUAUCAUCAUCAUCAUCAUCAUCAUUAUCAUCAUCUUCAUUGCCUGUCAUGGUAGAGUUAAAAGCCGCAAGACGUGCCCUCGCACUACGCACUCGUGAUAUUCAUGAUCUCCUCUCACCAAUUGCGCUUGUGCAGGUGCUGCUGCGAAUGGAACAUUGUGGAGCUCUCUCAGAUGAUAUCAUUGGCCCUAUAGGAACACAGUUGCUGCGGCGGUAUAAUACUUCUGCAUCUCCACAACAUGUGGCUGUCAAUCAUCUUCUUUCAACCCGUUUUGUUGCAUCCGCUGUGAAUACAGAGACACUGCCAUUUGACGGUGAUAGCGCUCUUGCCUUUGCUUGUUUAUUAGGAAGAAUGCAAGUAGUGAAUCACUUCCAAUUGCAUCGUCUAGUCCAUACAAUUUUACUUCCUGCCAUCAUUCCUGUAUUGCGAACUCGUACACUAGACGAGACGUUGUUACUUGAACUGACCAAGUGUUAUUCCCGGUAUGCGGUUUCGGGUAGUGCUGUGGUGCAGUUAACAGAACUGUGGAUGCCGCAUAUACCUCAAAUGACGUUAAGAAGAUGUGCCGAGUUACUGCGUAUUAUUGGUAAUGGAGGACAAGGGUCUGUUAAUUCAAAAUCCUUUUCUUCUUACUCUUCACAUGCUACUUCAGUAACUGGUGCAGAAGAAGAUUAUUUAAUUCUUUUAGAAGCGAUUAUGGAACGGGCACCUGCUAUGCUUACAUUGGGUGAUGGUUCUCUUUCUGAAUUUGUUUGCGCACUUGCUAUGGUGAACUCUGUGAAUUGGGAUAAGGUAUACUUAUUAGCGGCGACGGUAUUAGAACAGGAAGUUGACCAACUUCCAUUGACAGAAUUAAUACAUGUGUGUAACGCACUUAUACAUCGUAAUUCACAUCUUCCAUAUCAUCCACUUCAUGCUCGUUUGGCACGUCGUCUUCUUAGCGAAAAAGAAGCAUUAAAUAAUGUUAAGGUUGCAAAUCUUGCAUUGUUGUCGGCUGCUUUAAUGUUAUCGCCAUUUCAUGAAGAACCUGACAUGACUAAAGAGAAACCAACAAAUAAUACUAUUAUUCCCUUAAAUGAGGUAAAUUGUGCCCUUGCAGUAUUUCGUCGUCAUGGUACGAAACUAGGAUUACGUGCAUUUGUUGCCGGUAUGUGUGUAUCUCCAUUAGCGCAAUUACCACGUAGUUCUCAAGAGCGUAUUAUUCUUCAUUUUACUUCUAUUUCUUCUGCUAUUGAGGUUCCAUGGUUGGCUAAGGGAAUUGCGGCAGUGACCUCACAAAUUCCCACUGCGGUAGAUCCCGUAUCUGUGCAACGAUGGUUUUCUCGUUUCACAGCUGUAGAUGUUGCACGUCAGUUGGAUGUGGAUCAUGUUGCCAUACUUUUAAAUAUAUUAUCUGAUGAUAAUUACAGUCGUAAUUGUGCACUUGCAAAACAGGCUAUUACUUCACAGGCUGGUAAAUUGCUUUUGCGGGAGAAUGUUCCCUUGGAAUCUAUUGCGCCUCUCAGCAUGGCGUUGCAGCGGGCCGAUGUCUUUUUUCCAUUCAUGUACUCUCGCAUUUGUCGUGUUCUCCUUUCGAAUGUACGGCACGCACCGUGGGAGUUGCUGCUUCCUGCAUUCCAGAGUGCCGCGGAUGAGUUUACGCGGCGUCCACACAGUAAGGGAAGUGUGUUUAGUGAUGUUUGGGAACAAUUGCGGUCUCGCAUAAUGGAAGAAGCUGCGGCAUCUCUUCAGGUCCAAGAUGUCAUUUCCGCUUUUAAUGGGUUUGCAUCCUUAGAUGUAAGAGAUCGUCCAAUUUUUUCCGUUUUACUGCAUCAACUCUGGACUAUUUAUCAGAGGAUCACGGUGAUCAGUGCGGAGGAAUCAUCCGAUAGGGUAGAAGCUUCACAACAACAAGAAGAAGAACAAGAAGGACAACAAUCGGCUGUGUGGAUGGAUGAUGUGCUCUCUGGUUUAACACCAAGUGCACUUGCAGUUUUUGUAACCACACUUGUGCAUACGGGUGAUGCUGCCGUUGUGAAUACCUUUAUGCCAUGGGCACUUCUUCGCACACGACCUCUUGUAAGAGACCUCUACCCAAUAGAUGUUCUGCAUCUUAUGUUAGCACUACUUACAUGCUUUAGUGUGGCCGCUACAUCUAAGGAAGGGUUAACAAGUACUACUAAUAGUAAUAAUAGUAAUAGUAGUAGUAGUAGUAGUAGUGCAUUAUGGUUGCGUAAUGGAGUAAACCAUGCGAUCCUUCAUGCCGUUUACGAUACUUGCCGUGAUUUAUUUCUGGAAAUGUACGAAGAUGUCACUACUUCCGCUGAUGUGAAGACUCUACAGGCACAACGUGCGGAAUGGAGCCCAAAAGUAAAAGUUUCCAUUUCACAUGUCCCACGUUAUCUCUUUGCCGAGAUACUCAUUGCACUGUGUGAGUGUGGGAUACAAGACACAUCUGUGGCCACGGCUUCUGCAGCCCGCCUAACACGUCAAUGCUGUGCAUCCUUACCUAUAUCUCUAUUGGUAGAUGUGCUCAUGGCAUUGUGUUUCCAUUUUCCUCCACCAAAGAAUUCUGUUGAAAUGACGGAAAAAAUUGGGGUAAACAUAUCUGGAGGGAAGGAAGAUAAUGAAGAAGUAGUAGUCGACAGCACUAUUUUUUCUUCUUCUUCUAAUAAACAUGAUGAUCAGAUAACUAGUGCUGGUUCUGCUUCUUCUGAUGUUGUUUCCACACCAUUACCACUCGCUCCGCAUCAGCGCUUCCUUCCCGCUGUGUUGAAUGCACUUUGGACUCGAGUGGAGGAGUUGCAGCCUCUGCAGAUGGACGCUGUGCUGCGUUGUCUACAUCACUACUACGGAGAUAGGGUGGAUGCUGACUUUUUGGAGCGCCUCCAGAAACACAGAGCAACACUUAACGAGGUAAAGCUGAGACGACAAGGAACACAGGAGAAUGCAUUGAACAAGGAUGAAAGCAAAGAAUCUGUUAAUAAGACUUCACUGACAACAGCAGAGGUAGUAGUUCCCUCUGCGGAGCGAGAUGGAGGAGCAUCAAACGAAAUUACAGCAGACGACCUUUUUUUUGAAUGA